GCGGAUGCCAGCGGCGGCCGGGCGAUGGCGAGGAGCCGGGCGGCUUACGAGUACACGGAGGCGGAGGACAAGAGCAUGCGGCUGGGUUUCCUCCUCAUCGCCGCCGGCUUGCUCUCCCUCCUGGGUUUGGGCUGCUGCUGGCUUCGCCCGGCGCUGCAGGAGCGGGGCGGCGGCGGCUCCGCCAACUGCACGGUGCUGGCGGUGCGGCAGCUGGGGGAGCGCUUCGCCUGCACCUUCUCCUGCGGGGCCGCCUGCCGCGGCACCGCCCGCUACCCCUGCCUGCAGGUGCUGGUCCGCACCUCCCGCUCCUCCGCGCCCGCCCUGCUCCAUGAGGACGAGCGGCAGCUGCGCACCAACCCCAAGUGCUCAUACAUCCCUCCCUGUGCAAGAGAUGAUCAGGAGAACUCUGAGAACGUCACGUACAAGCAGAAAUACUGGAAAGAGAAAGUGGGAUCUCAACCAUUCACAUGCUACUUUAACCAGCACUUGAGGCCGGAUGACGUGAUGCUGAAGCGCACCCAUGAUGAGACUGUUCUCUUGCACUGCUUCCUCUGGCCCGUGGUGACUUUGCUGGUCGGAGUCCUCAUCGUGGUCCUGACCAUCUGUGCCAAGAGCUUGGCUAUCAGGGCAGAGGCAAUAAAAAAGAAGAAGCAUUUGUGAGUGGCAAGGCUGCUUGUGGAAAAGAGAAACCCGCAAGAAGGUCUGAGGUGGGGCAGCCUGACACACCUGCAGCUCUGUGGGGCACCCAGCUGCAUCUCCUGCCAGGGUCUGAUCUGUGGUGGAGUAGCUCUUGUCUCAGGACUGCUCUUGGGAGAUUGCCCCGUGAAAUGCCUGCUAAUUGCUUCUUCUGCUAUGGCACUAAAUAAGUAUAUUCUACCAAAAACAAAGAGAAAUCUACACUGCACCAAAUAUGCUGUGUGCUGUUAGUGCUGAAGAGCAGCUGCCCAGAAACUGAGACAGUUUAUGAAACUCCCUGAUGAUGUUGCUUUCAUCUCCACAAAGCGAUCUUUGCUAAUGUUUAAUAUGAAAUAUUUAAAAUAUUUACUUUAGAUAGAACAUAUUUCUAAAAUAAUAAAAUUUUAUUGUUUUGGGGGUUUUAACUUUUGGGGGUUUUCUUUUUUUUUCCUUUUUUUCUUUUU